AUGCUUGAGGAAGAAGAUAUGACUCCUUUAGGACAGCUAAAAGCAGCACAUCGAAAGGAACGCAAAGAGCUACAAUCUAAGAUAAUGAACAUGAAACAUUCGAUUGCGAAAAAUGACAAGAAGCGAAAGAAAGAAAUAAUUGCAGAGAUAGCAAAAAUGGAAGAAGAAAUGAAAAGACGCCAUGAAGAGGAAUUAGCAGAAUUAGAACCACCGUCACCAGAAGCGUCUGCAGAGCCAGUUAUCUUGGAGCAAUAUCAAGAGAAAGAAAAAGAGCCACGCAUCUCAAAAGCUCAAAGAAGACGAGAAAAAAAAGCCGAAUUUAACAGGAAACAGGAAGAAGCAGCAAUACAAACUAGGAUUGAUACGGAAAAUGCACCUCGGAAACUCGAAAGGGAAGCAAUCGAACGACAGUUAAUGGAUCGUGGACUUAGGAUAUACAAUAUUGAGCCGGAUGGUGAUUGCUUGUACAGUGCUAUAGCACAUCAACUAUCAUUGGUUACUUCACAUCAGUUUAGAGGUUCCGAUAUUCGUCAAAAGGCUGCUGCUUAUAUGCGAACACAUAAAGACGAUUUUCUUCCAUUUUUAAUUGGUGAUAAUGGGGAAGCAGUAGAUGAAAUCGAAUUUGAGGAAUAUUGUAUGAAAGUUGAGAAAUGCUGCACAGACGGUGGGGUUUGGGGUGGAGAACCGGAGCUUCGAGCCACAGCUUGUGCGUUGGAAAGGCGAAUUGAAGUAAUUCAGCCGGGAGGACGAGUUUUACCUUUCGGAGAAGAAUAUAGCGGCAGAAAACCUCUCGUCAUAACAUUUCAUCGAUUUGCCUAUAAUUUAGGUGAACAUUAUAAUUCGACCGUCUCAAAUGCCAUCAUUAUUUCUCCUGAAAUUUUGAGUUAG